AUGAAGAGGAAAACAAAUGUUGAAGUUGGGAAAAUUAUGACUGACAAGAUGGUAGCCGAUGCAUCUUCGCAAGGUGGCAUUUCAGGUGUUACUGCGAAGAGGAAACGAAGGAUAAUGGUUGCAGUCGAAGAGGCACUCAAUGUUCCUGACCCAGAUGAGGGACCCAAUAAGAGGACAACAUUUGAACAUUCAGGUUAUGUUCCUAUCACUGAUGUGAGGAGUAAAGAUUUUGACAAGAGAUUGUCCAAGGUUGAGGUUGCAUUGUCUGCAUUUCAAUCGGAUCAUGAAGCUUUGUCUGCCAAGUUCAUAUUUGAAGUUAAUGAAAUUAAAAAGAUGCUAGAAACUCUUUCUAAAAAGGAAUUAUUGGAUGACAAUGAAGCCGAG